CUUCACAGGAUUAUCACUGGAAGCGUACAACGAGUUCAACAAGAGUAUGUCUGCCGCAGUAGCCCCAUCAAACGCAAAGUUCAAGAAUAAGGAAAAACCCCAAGAAGUUCGAAAGGCAAACAUCACUGCUGCAAAAGCGGUGGCGGACGCCAUCAGAACCUCUUUGGGUCCUAAAGGUAUGGAUAAGAUGAUAAAAACCAAAACUGGAGACGUGAUUAUUUCCAAUGAUGGUCAUACUAUCUUAAAACACAUGGCUGUUCUACAUCCUGCAGCCAAGAUGCUUGUUGAUUUGUCAGGUGCCCAAGAUGUCGAGGCGGGAGAUGGCACCACGUCUGUUGUUGUUAUUACAGGUGCCUUGUUAGGGGCAGCUCAGAACUUACUUGACAAAGGUAUUCAUCCAACAAUUAUCUCCGAAUCUUUCCAGAGGGCAGCACAAAGAUCAAGUGAAAUCUUCCUAGACAUGUCGCACGAGAUUUCUCUCGACGAAAGAGAGUCUUUGAUUAAAGCCGCUAAUACCUCGCUUUCAUCCAAGAUUGUAGCUCAACAUUCUGGUCUCCUAGGUCCAAUAGCAGUUGAUGCUGUGCUCAAAGUCACCAAGAAGGAUGCACACAAUGUUGAUUUGAAUGAUAUAAGACUCGUUAAGAAAGUUGGAGGUACUAUUGAUGAUACUGAAAUGAUCGAUGGUGUCGUCCUUACCCAGACUGCUGUCAAAAGUGCAGGUGGACCAAUGAGAAUGGAAAAGGCGAGAAUAGGUUUAGUUCAGUUUCAGUUGUCUCCUCCAAAACCAGACAUGGAGAACAAUAUUGUUGUUAACGACUAUAGGCAAAUGGACAAAAUCUUGAAAGAAGAAAGAGCCUACAUCUUGAACAUUUGCAAACAAAUCAAGAAGGCUAAAUGUAAUGUUUUGUUAAUUCAAAAAUCGAUAUUGAGAGAUGCGGUUAAUGAUUUGGCUCUCCACUUUUUAUCCAAAUUGAAUAUCAUGGUUGUGAAAGAUAUUGAAAGAGACGAUAUUGAAUUUAUCUCAAAGUCAUUGGGCUGUAAGCCAAUUGCAGAUAUUGCAUCUUUCAGUGAAAGUAGACUUGCAUCAGCUGACCUAAUUGAAGAAGUUGAAUCUUCCGGUUCUAAGAUUAUCAAGAUUACCGGCAUCAAGAACGUUACUCACCCGACCGUGUCUGUGGUUUGUAGGGGUGCAAAUAAUCAAGUCUUAGAUGAAGCAGAAAGAUCCUUACAUGAUGCUUUGUGUGUUAUAAGAUGCUUGGUCAAAGUGAGGGCCUUGAUUGCAGGAGGUGGUGCACCGGAAAUUGAAGUUUCAAGAACUCUUUUAAAGGAAGCCCAUAAGCUCUCGGGUGUGGAACAGUUGUGCUUGACUGAAUUUGCGAAUGCAUUGGAAGUCAUUCCUACCACUUUGGCUGAAAAUGCUGGCCUGAAUCCAAUUGAAAUAGUUACAGAUUUGAGGAAUAAGCAUGAAAACGGAGAAAGAGAAGCAGGUAUUAGUGUGAGAAGAUCUGGUGCAACAAACACAUACUCUGAGCACGUAUUACAGCCCGUUCUCGUGAAUACAAGUGCCAUUACUUUAGCUGCUGAAACCGUCAAAUCUAUUCUUAGAAUUGAUGACAUUGCAAUCAGCCGUUAACCGCAAUAUGUAGAUGUGUAUAUACAUUCUUUUUUUCUAUGUACAACAGAAAUAAGUGACUUCCUAUCUGAAUCCAG